AUGGACAAGAAUGAGCGCUUACAGUUGAUGAAGCAGAAAAUAGAGGCUCUUCAGCUGCAAAGGAAAAAAAUUGAUUCGAAACAUGAAGAGAUAGCAGAUUGUACCCUUCCGUUCAUUUCCCAUAUCACCAAUUCCAUAAAUAACAACGAAUCUGAAGUCAAGAAAGAAGUAAAAACUGUUGAGAUCUCAGUGCAAACAGAUGAUGUAAAUGAGUUUGAAUUGAGCGCUGUUAAGGAGGCUGUGAUAACAUAUGAUAUCGGAAUACAGACAGAUGAAUAUGACGGGAAACAUGAAAUUAUGGAAGAUGGACAUCUACCUUCCCAAGAUCUUAUAGAACAGCAAGCAUCGACUUCAGAUAUUACAGAGACCAAGGAGGAUAAAGAAGUUGUUGAAAAGGAUGUGUUUGAUUUCGGAAAUGUCGUUUCAGCGGAAGACUACGCAACGUUGAAGAAAGAAACAUUUUCACUACAGGAGACUAUAGAAGCGGCUGCGCUCAAGUCAUCUUCUCAUCAAAUCGCUGGUGAUGGGAAAAUAAGCAUGUAUUUAUCAAUUUCACCAAAAGUUGCCAUUGAUUCAACUUCUGAAGCAAGGGUCAUUUCCAGUGACGUCUUAGAUAAUUUACUGGUUACUGUGAUUCAUCUUGUAACCAAAUACGUGAAAAGCUCUUUAGUUCAAAUCACACACGUCUCUUCUGGUGAGGUACUUGAUACAGUUUUAUUCCAAGGUCAGAAUGUUGUACGGAGCAAGUUUAUUGAUAAUCCUAAUUCUAAGAUUACCUCCGUCGUUCUUUCUUGCUAUACAGGAAAACUCAUCUUAUAUGAACUGCGAACAGUCAAAAUAAAUAAUAGCUUUCAGGUGGAAAGAAAUAUUGUUUCCACUAAUUAUCAUCACUAUCCGGUACUUUCAAUUAUAAUUCCAAAAUUCAAUGACCAUAGCAUCCUGGCGGCCAGCACCAAUGGCCAACUUAAGCUGAUAUCAACCUUAGAUUUAUCAUUAAAAGAGGAUGACGAUGUCAAAAUUAUUCCUAUCCCAAGGACGGACUUAUCAUAUUCUACUGAACAGACUAAAAAAGAUAACAAGUAUUACCAACACCUAUUGAUAAUGUCGCUUUAUGACGAACUGAGCAUAAUUAGUAUGCUACUGCUGCCAUCUGAUCCUUCUUCCAUAUAUCUUGGUUGCGAGGAUGGCUUUAUUUACAAAGUGUGUCAAUUACCUCUAAAAGGUGAUAACAAAGGGUGUUACAAAAUUAGUGAAGGAAACAAUGGUUUCAUACCAAACUUCACCUCAAAUGUGGAUGAUGCUUCUCUAUUCCACGAAGGUCCAAUUACUGGUAUGGUCGCUUGUGCUGGCAUUGAUGAUCUUUUCUUCUCUUACUCCAUUGAUGGUGAUUGUAUUUUUUGGGACGCGGUCAGCAAUUCAAGAGUAAGUGUUAUAGAGUGCGAUGAUGCGAUAAUAAAAGCUCAGUGGAUUAACGAAAAUGGCUCUUUCUAUGUUGCUCUAUUAACGAGUUUCACAUUUCAAAUCAAAUCCUUAAGAUUUAGUAGAGAUACUCAAAACAAUUGGCAGUUAAAUGAAGACGAAACUUCCAAAGAUAUUGUCAUACUACCGUCUGAUACCCCAUUGAAGGAAUUCUCCUCUUUUGAGGUAAUUUGCAAUGAGGAUGCAUGUAUACUUGUGCUAUGCGGAACUGCCAGCACCAUAUACUGCUAUGUUAUCAACAAUCUAUGA